UCGAUCCAGUUCGACCAGCGGUUUUCCUCUCGUCUGAAAACCUUUGGAAAAUCGAACAGUUUUCUUGUACAUGCUGCUACAGUUCUGUAAUACAAGUAUAGUUCUGUAGCAAUUACGAUUCUGCUGUUUAUAAUACACUUCGACGAAUUGAAUUUCUCAACAUCGAUCGAUCGAAUUUCUUUUGCAUAUAAUUUUUCUCGGAAUUCUCACCAGUGGAUUUGAAGUUUUCAAUAUGAAAAAAAUCGCGGUGCUAUGCUGUCUCGUGGUGAUGGUUGCCGCCAUACCUGAUGGCGGGUACAACGCUCCCGCCGCCGGCGGCUUCGGUGGCAAUCAACUUGGCGGUGGUGGAUUUGGCGGCGGUCAACACGCCGGUGGUGGAUUUGGUGGUGGUCAACUCGGCGGUGGUGGAUUCGGUGGCAACAAAGGUGGCGGUGGAAGUGGAGGAUUUGGAGGUGGCCAGCACGGUGGCGGUGGAUUUGGUGGCAUCAAAGGUGGUGGUGGCGGAUUUGGAGGUGGCCAGCACGGCGGUGGUGGAUUCGGUGGCAACAUAGGUGGCGAUAGCGGAUUUGGCGGUAACCAGAUCAGCGGCGGUGGAUUUGGAGGAAUUAAAGCUGGUGGCGGUCACCUAGGAGGCGGUGAAUUCGGUGGCAACAAAGGUGGCGAUGGUGGAUUUGGCGGUGACCAGCUCGGCGGUGGCGGAUUUGCAGCGGGUGGUGGACAACUUGAGGGUGGAUUUGCUGGAGGAAAAGGUGGUGGUGGUGGCGGCUUUGGAGGUGGUCUAGGCGGCGGAUAUGAAGAACCUCAACAUGCUGACACUCCUGCAAGUUACAGCUUCGACUACAAGGUUCAGGACGACCACUACGGCGGUAACUACGGUCACUCCGAGCAGCGUGAAGGGUACCAGACACAAGGCACUUACUACGUCAGUCUCCCCGACGGCCGUACGCAGACCGUCACAUACACGGCCGACGAACACGGUUACCAUCCACAAGUUUCGUACGAGGGGGAGGCACAAUACGGUCCCCCCGCGGGGGGAUAUGCUGGGGGCCAGGGAGCUGGCUUUAGUGGGGCAGCCGGUGGAUUACAAGGUGGCGGUGAAAUCGUUGGUCAGCAAGGCGGAUUUGGAGGACAAAAGGGUGGAUUUGCUGGUGAGCAAGGCGGAUUUGGAGGACAAAAAGGCGGAUUUGCUGGGCAACAAGGCGGAUUUGGAGGACAAGAAAUUGGAUUCGGCGGACAGAAGGGUGGAUUCGCUGGUCAGCAAGGCGGAUUUGAAGGACAGAAGGGCGGAUUUGGUGGCCAACAAGGCGGAUUUGGUGGACAAGAAGGCGGAUUUGGUGGACAGAAGGGUGGAUUUGGUGGACAACAAGGAGGAUUUGGAAGACAAAAAGGUGGAUUCGGUGGACAGAAGGGUGGAUUCGCUGAACAGCAAGGCGGAUUUGGAGGACAAAAGGGUGGAUUUGCUGGUGAACAAGGCGGAUUUGGAGGACAGAAGGGCGGAUUUGGUGGUCAACAAGGUGGAUUUGGAGGACAACAAGGAUUAUUUGGAGGACAAGAAAGUGGAUUUGGUGGCCAACAAGGCGGAUUUGGUGGUCAAAAAGGAGGAUUCGGUGGCCAGCAAGGAGGAUUAGACGAUGAUUUCCAGGGAGGAUUUGAAGCAUCGCAAGGUGGAUUUAUCGGCGAGCAGGGUGGAUUUGGAGGACAAAAGGGUGGAUUUAGUGGCCAGCAAAGCGGAUUCGGUGGACAAAAAGGUGGAUUUGGAGGUCAGCAAGGCUAUAACUAAAACCAAAUGAUAUUUAUUCUUCGUGAUUUGAUGUUUUUCAUGUGAAGAUCGCUUAAUAUUGUACGUUCGAACGAAUUAACGUGUUUUAACAUUCGUUCCCAAACGAGUUAACGACGCAUAGAUCUUUCAUGGUGCUUGUGUUUUUGCCUUUUUUGUUAUGUUAACGCUUCAUAUUUUAUUGCUUCAAAAGACACUCGCUCGAGCCGCUGCGAGAAAUGAAACAACCGCAUACA